CUUCCUCGUGUUGUUCACGUGGUCCUAUGACGCUUCAGUGUAAACAUAUUUUCCGUUCCACCUUAAAUGCCGCAGCAGCCCAUUCAAACGUAGACAGCCUCACACAGAAACUGCUGCCCUUUUUAAGGUGGAACGGAAAGUUCGAGCGGUAACAGACUCUGAAGUUCAGCCUCUCAAAAUGGCCGCGGUGGAGAGCGGCACAUGUGAGGGUCCUGCCGGUAUGUCAGCGGUGAAGCGCCUGUCUCACGCGGCUCCGCUCGCCCUCCGUAUCCUGGCCGAGUGUCCGGUGAGCAAGGCGAGGGCCUGCGUCCUCACGCUGCCGCACGGACCGGUUAACACCCCGGUUUUCAUGCCGGUGGGCACGCAGGGCACUAUGAAAGGCAUCACCGUGGAGCAGCUGGAGGAGCUGGGCUGUCAGAUCUGCCUCGGGAACACCUAUCACUUGGGUAUGAGACCGGGUCCUGAGCUCAUUGAGAAAGCCAGUGGUCUGCAUGGGUUCAUGAACUGGAGGAGAAACCUCCUGACGGACAGUGGAGGUUUUCAGAUGGUAUCUCUGGUGGAGCUGUCUGAAGUGACUGAAGAAGGGGUGAUGUUCCGAUCUCCUUAUGAUGGCAAGGAAAUCCUGCUGACUCCAGAGCAGUCCAUCACCAUCCAGAACAGCCUUGGCUCAGAUAUUAUGAUGCAGCUGGAUGACGUGGUCAGCAGUACAGUGACGGGACCCCGGGUGGAGGAGGCCAUGCAUCGCUCUGUUCGCUGGCUGGACCGCUGCAUCGCCGCCAAUAAGAACCCUGAUCGGCAGAAUCUGUUCGCCAUCAUUCAGGGUGGGCUUAAUGCAGAUCUGCGAAAGGCCUGUUUAGAUGAAAUGACCAAGCGCGAUGUUCCUGGCUUUGCCGUUGGCGGAUUGAGCGGAGGUGAAGAGAAGGACGAUUUCUGGAAGAUGGUGACGCUCAGCACGGACCACCUUCCUAGAGGAAAGCCUCGCUAUCUCAUGGGAGUUGGCUACGCCGUGGACCUGGUGGUGUGUGUUGCCCUGGGCUGUGACAUGUUCGACUGCGUCUUCCCGACUCGCACAGCUAGAUUUGGCUCAGCCCUGGUCCCCUGGGGUUCUCUACAGAUCAAACAGAAGCAAUAUGCCAAGGACUUCCAGCCCAUAGACCCCGACUGCCAGUGCGCUACCUGCAAAAGGCACAGUCGGGCCUAUCUGCACGCCCUUUUCAAGAGCGACACCGCCGCCAUGCACCACAUCACCAUCCACAACAUCUCCUACCAGCUGACCCUCAUGCAUUCGGUGCGGCAGAGCAUCAUAGAGCAGCGCUUCCCGGAGUUUGUGCGGAGCUUCAUGAGGAGAAUGUUUCCCUCCAGUGAACAGUACCCCAGCUGGGCGGUGGACGCCCUCGCUUCGGUGAACAUUGCUCUGGACUAAUGGCCUCUGCGCUGCUUACUGCCAAUGCACUGAGCUAACAGUGUGUGUGUGAGCAGUCUGAGAGAGCAGGACUUGUGGAAUGGAUUCAUUCUGGACUAGAAAUAUGAAAAUGUAUAAAAAUGUACAUGGAGAUUUUUUCCUACUGGAUAAUAUCUGUUUCAAAAAUGUGUCAAUAUACAGUUUUUAAGGUUUGGCCCAGAUUCUGGAUUUUUUAAAAUUAUAAAAAAUUUUUCCAGUUCUAUUUUAGUGGCCUAAAUCUAAACUAACAUUUUAUACGCUAUUAUUAAAGGACCUUGUGUU